AUGAGGGCACAGCUCAAUAGUAAGGUUGGCCAACAACACAAGGACGCAGCGCUGCAAUACUCGAUACGCAUGUUAAUUACGACAACGAUUGGAACGCCGGCGUUUAGACUAAAUUUCACUUGGAGCAGAGUUGGAUUCGCUGCAGCGCUGUCGCAACAGCUGGACCCCGAGCUGCAGCCAAGAACACUCGACCCCGCCAGGGCCAAUCGUGCUCGUGGCUAUCCGACCACGAGCUCACCCUUCACCACCACGGCGUCCUCAUCCCUUCGGUCGCUUCUCUUCGCUUCUUCUUCCCCCCUCUUUCGCCCCUUCGCAGCUAGCUCUGCGUUUUGCUCCCGCCAUCCCGUGCUUAACUGCACGCUCGUCGUCUACUACAACUUCACUCGCACCUACGCCAAGCGCGCAAAGCCCAAGAAGAUGCCUCCCAAGCAGGCCGCGCAAGAGAAGGUCCUCCUGGGCCGCCCCGGCAACAACCUGAAGAGCGGUAUUGUCGGACUGGCCAACGUCGGCAAGUCGACGCUCUUCCAGGCCAUCACCAAGUCUAACCUGGGCAACCCUGCUAACUUCCCCUAUGCUACCAUCGACCCCGAGGAGGCCCGCGUCAUCGUUCCCGAUGACCGCUUCGACUGGCUGUGCGAGAAGUACAACCCCAAGUCGCGCGUGCCGGCCAAUCUUACCAUCUACGACAUUGCCGGUCUGACCCGCGGUGCGUCAACAGGCGCCGGUCUGGGCAAUGCCUUCCUGUCGCACAUUCGCGCCGUCGAUGCCAUCUUCGAGGUCGUUCGGUGUUUCGAUGAUGCCGAGAUUAUCCACGUCGAGGGCGACGUCGAUCCUGUCCGCGAUCUCAACAUCAUCAGCGAGGAGCUGCGGCUCAAGGAUAUCGAGUUCGUCGAGAAGGCGCUCGAGGCCCAGAAGAAGAAGACGCGCCAGGGCGGCCAGAGCUUGCAGAUGAAGAAGUGGAAGGAGGAAGAAGCCACCAUGGAGAAGGUCCUGGCCUGGCUCAAGGAUGGCAAGGAUGUCCGCAAGGGCGACUGGACUCCGAAGGAGGUCGAGGCCAUAAAUCCUCUGUUCCUUCUGACGGCCAAGCCCGUCGUCUUCCUGGUGAACCUGUCUGAGCGGGACUUCAUCCGCAAGAAGAACAAGCACCUACCCAAGAUCGUUGAAUGGGUCAAGGAGCACGCCGAGGGUGACCCCAUCAUCCCCAUCUCGGCGGCCUUCGAGCACAGGUUAGCCAACAUGAGCGAGGAGGAGGCCAAGGAAGAGUGCAAGAGAGUCGGUGCCGACUCUGCCCUGCCCAAGGUCAUCGUACAGAUGCGCAAGGCGCUACACCUGCACAGCUUCUUCACCGUCGGCCCCGACGAGGUGCGGCAGUGGACUAUCCGCGCCGGCACCAAGGCCCCGCAGGCCGCUGGCGUUAUCCACAGCGACUUUGAGAAGACCUUCAUCCAGGCUAUCGUGUACAACUACACGACGCUUAAGGAGCUGGGUGAUGAGUCGGAGGUGCGGGCUAAGGGCAAGAUGAUGACCAAGGGCAAGGACUAUGUGGUUGAAGAUGGUGAUAUCCUGCUGAUCAAGGCCGGUGCGGCCAAGUCGAUCGGCGGAUUGCGUCACCUGCGUCCCGCUAACCAGCACACCGUCCUUCCUGGAGCUUGGGCCACAGCAUCCAAGAAGCCUAGCCGCUGCAUGGUCGACACGCCGCCCACAAGUCUCUUCUCGACCGCUGAACUGCCCAAUGGUGGUGGCUGCGACGAUCGCCCGUUCACCAGCACCAGCGCCAACCUCUAG